AUGACCCCAAUAAUGAUGCUACUAAAUUAUGACAUCCCAAAGCUACCAACCAACAAUAAAUCAAUAGCAACUAAAUUUUCAAGCGAUGUGCUACGAAUAAAAAACGAACAAGCAGUUAGUAAAGAACAAAGUGAACGAAUAGACAAACAAAAAAAAAAAAA